CGGCCCUAUAUAUAGUCCCACCUUAUCCUCUGCUCUUUUUCUCAUCCCUUCAUCAUCUUCAACCCAUCCCUUUUCUUCACAUAGCACACAUCAUCAUGUCUCCCACGAAGUCUGUUAUCAUGGUCACUGGCGGCUCUGGCCUCGUCGGUAAGGCCAUCCAGUGGGUCGUCGAGAACGACGACAAGUACGGCAGGCGCGAGGGUGAGGAGUGGGUCUUCCUCAACUCCAAGGACGGAAACCUGGUUGAUCCUGCUCAGACCAAGGCUGUUUUCGAGAAGUACCGCCCUACCCAUAUCAUCCACCUUGCCGCCAAAGUCGGAGGGCUCUUUGGCAACAUGGCUGCCAACCUUGACUACUUCCGCGACAACUUGUUGAUCAACGACAACAUUUUGCACAACGCCAAGGAGUUUGGCGUCCAGAAGGUCGUUUCCUGCUUAUCCACCUGCAUCUUCCCCGACAAGACCACAUACCCCAUUGAUGAGACCAUGGUUCACUUGGGACCUCCUCACGACUCCAACUAUGGUUACUCUCACUCCAAGCGCAUGGUCGAUGUCAUGAACCGCGCAUACAAUGAUCAGUACGGCUGCAACUUCACCUCGGUCAUCCCCACCAACGUCUUUGGACCCCACGACAACUUCCACUUGGUCAACUCUCACGUCAUCCCCGGUCUGAUCCACAAGUGUUACUUGGCCCAGGAGAAUGGCACUCCCUUCAUCAUGGCUGGUACCGGUCGUCCUCUUCGCCAGUUCAUCUACUCUCGUGAUUUGGCCAAGCUGUUCAUCUGGACCCUUCGCGAAUACAAGGAGAUUACCCCUCUCAUUCUUUCUGUCCCUGAGGAAGAGGAGGUUUCGAUCAAGCAGGUCGGUGACUCGAUCGUCAAGGCUAUGGGUUACACUGGUGACUACCGCUUCGAUACCACCAAGGCCGAUGGUCAGUACAAGAAGACCGCAUCGAACAAGAAGUUGAUGAGCCUCAACCCCGACUUCCAGUUCACGCCCUUCGACGUUGCCCUCAACGAGACCGUUGAGUGGUUCAAGGAGAACGUCGACACCAUCCGCAAGUAAAUCUAGAAAGUCAUUUCGUCAUUAAAAAGAAAAAAAAAGAAACGGAAUCCUCUCUAUUUCCCAAUCAUUAAU